GUGAUGUCACUGAUAAUGGCUCCUCCUCUUCCUCUGGUGUUUCUGCUCAUGAUUCACGGAGGUUUCAGUGAUGAUGCUGAUUGGGGUGUGAGUUACAGUCCUUCACACAUCUGUGCACUAAAGGACUCAUCAGUGAUAAUGAGCUGCACUUAUACAUACCCUACUGGAUAUCAGAUCAUGAAAGUGUUCUGGACAAAAGGUGCUGUAAUAAAGGGUGAAGAGCCUCCAGAUCUGUCUAAUGACCCUGAAUACAGUCAGAGGCUUCAGUAUCUGGGAGAUAAACAGCAGAACUGCACCAUCAGACUGAGUCAUGUGACACUGAAGGAUUCACACGUGUACUAUUUCAGAUUCAUCACUGAUAAAUGUCAGUGUAUUAGAGGAUAUACUGGUGAUCCAGGAGUGACUCUUACUGUCACAGAUCUUCAGGUGGAGUCUCCUGAGAGAGUGACAGAGGGAGAUUCAGUCCGUCUGACAUGUAAAAGCAGCUGCACUCUGACUGACAGAGCAACAUUCAUCUGGUACAGAAACUCACAGCCAUUAACUGAGAGAAGAGACAGAAACAAUGAACUCCUGCUGCAGUCAGUCAGAAGAGAGGAUGCAGGCAGAUAUAGCUGUGCUGUACACGGACACAAUCACAUCUCUCCUGCUGUUCAGCUCAAUGUCACGUAUCCUCCAAAGAGUGUCUCAGUGUCCAUCAGUCCAUCUGGUGAAAUAGUGUCAGGAGAUUCAGUGACUCUGAUCUGCAGCAGUGAUUCAAACCCUCCUGCAAAACUCUACUGGUAUAAAGGAGGAACGUUUGUAGGAUCUGGAAGAAUCUACAGCAUCUCAAAGAUCAGCUCUGAUGACAGUGGAGAAUACAAGUGCAGAUCCAUCAAUGAACAUGGAGAGAAAUACUCUGAUACUCUGACUUUAAAUGUCAUGUAUCCACCAAAGAGUGUCUCAGUGUCCAUCAGUCCAUCUGGUGAAAUAGUGUCAGGAGAUUCAGUGACUCUGAUCUGCAGCAGUGAUUCAAACCCUCCUGCAGAAAUCAGAUGGGUUAAAGGAAGAAAGUUUGUAGGAUCUGGAAGAAUCUACAGCAUCUCAAAGAUCAGAUCUGAUGACAGUGUAGAAUACAAGUGCAGAUCCAGAAAUAAACAUGGAGAGAAAUACUCUGAUGCUGUGACUUUAAACGUCAUGUAUCCUCCAAAGAGUGUCUCAGUGUCCAUCAGUCCAUCUGGUGAAAUAGUGUCAGGAGAUUCAGUGACUCUGAACUGCAGCAGUGAUUCAAACCCUCCUGCAAAACUCUACUGGUAUAAAGGAGGAAUCUUUGUAGGAUCUGGAAGAAUCUACAACAUCUCAAAGAUCAGCUCUGAUGACAGUGGAGAAUACAAGUGCAGAUCCAUCAAUGAACAUGGAGAGAAAUACUCUGAUCCUGUGACUUUAAAUGUCAUGUGUGAGUUAAUGAUUGUUCAGUAACUGUGACAUUUAAUC